UCACUUCCUAUAUGCACAUUUACACACAUCUCACCCUCUGACCACACCCACACAUACUUGAAUUCAAUCUCUUCAACAAACCACAAUCAACACCAAUGGCAGCCACAUUAUCAACCACCAUGGCCAUGCUUAAUGCCAAAUGCAUGACCACCCCCAAAUCCUCAAAACCAUCAACCCCCAACAAGCCCAUUUCUCUUCUUUCCUUACCCAAAUCAGUUACCUCAAAGCCCACAUCCAUCUCCUUGACUGGAACAGCCAUUGCAGGGGCAAUCUUCUCUACUUUGAGCACAUGUGACCCGGCUUUCGCAGCCCAACAGAUAGCCGAUAUCGCAGAAGGUGACAACCGUGGGAUCGCCCUUUUGUUGCCUCUGGUUCCAGCCAUUGCUUGGGUUCUUUUCAACAUAUUUCAACCAGCACUGAACCAGAUCAACAAGAUGAGGACCAAAGGUGUGAUUGUUGGGCUUGGGAUUGGUGGUGGUUUAGCAGCUUCAUCUGGGCUGUUUGCCACACCAGAAGCUGCAGCUGCAGCUGAGGCUGCUGCCAAUGAUAACAGAGGAUCCCUUUUGUUGUUUGUUCUUGCACCUGCUGUUCUUUGGGUGCUUUACAAUAUAUUACAGCCUGCUCUUAACCAGAUCAACAAAAUGAGAAAUUGAUUAGUUGACAAAUUAUAUAUAUAUGAAAAUUGUGGUACAUUGAACUAGUAAUCUUGUUAUUGGAUUCCUUGUUAAUCAAGUUCUCUUGAAUAUAUAUCUUAUUUUUCUGCC